AUGGUUCUCCUAGUUGUCGUGGAGCGAUACAGACAAGCGCGGAACAGACAAAACUCGGUUUUCCGAAGAAAGAAGCGUCAACAGGAAGACCGAGAUCGCGAGGCGAUGGAAAAUCUGUACCACGUAAACGACACACGGAAGUCCUACGAGAAGCUUAAUAGUUCGCGCAAAGGCUACGUGCUGCAAGCCUAUAUGUGCAAGGACUUGGACGGUAACCUUCUCACGAACGCGCGUGAGAUUGACGGUGACGAGGUGGUCAAUGAGUUCAUGUAUUUGGGCUUACUGGUGACCGCCGAAAAUGAUACCAGCAGAGAAAUUCAAAGACGCAUUAUGGCAGGGAAUCGUGCCUACUUUGGACUAAGGAGGACGCUCCGGUCGAAUAAAAUUCACCGCCGCAUGAAGUUGACUGUACACAAGACGCCGAUUAGACCGGUGGUCCUCUACGGCCACGAGACCUGGACUAUGCUCGUGGUGUUUUCGAAUGGAAUGAAUCGUGAAUUGCACCAGCUGCUGGGAGAACCAUCCAUCGUCCACAUUUCAAAAAAUGAGCGACUUCGGUGGGCUGGACACGUCGUAAGAAUGCCGCACGAUGACCCAGUGAAAAUGGUUCAAGAAAGCGACCCACCAGGAACAAGAAGAAAAGGCGCGCAGCGGGCAAAGUGGAUCGACCAAGUAGAAGGCGACCUGCGGACCCUUCGCAGACUACGAGGCUGGCGAAGUGUGGCCAUGAAACGAGUAGAGUGUAGACGACUUUUUCGGACAGCAGAGGAUUGGUAA